GGGUGUUCCACGGACCACGUGGUUCCGGCAGGCAAGAUGGCGGCAGUUGUCAGCCCGACAUCCCUGGAGUCGGCUCCGCGCAUCAUGAGACUGGUGGCCGAGUGUAGCCGCUCUAGGGCCCGGGCAGGGGAGCUGCGGCUGCCACAUGGGCCGGUGGCUACUCCAGUGUUCAUGCCAGUGGGCACGCAGGCCACCAUGAAGGGCAUCACGGCCGAGCAACUGGACGCGUUGGGCUGCCGCAUCUGCCUGGGCAACACCUACCAUUUGGGGCCCCGAGCUGAUCCAGAAAGCCCGCGGUCUCCACGGCUUUAUGAAUUGGCCGCACAACCUGCUGACGGUAAGGCGGGGUCAGCGCCGGGAUCCGAGAGCCCUCCUUGGGCGUGGAUUUUCCCAGUCCCGUUCUUGUCAGCCCUGCGGUGGGGUUUCCCUCAGGACAGCGGCGGCUUCCAGAUGGUGUCCCUGGUGUCCCUGUCCGAAGUGACGGAGGAGGGCGUCCGCUUCCGCUCCCCUUAUGAUGGUGACGAGACCCUUCUGAGUCCCGAGAGAUCCGUGGAGAUCCAGAACGCGCUGGGCUCAGACAUCAUCAUGCAGCUGGAUGAUGUGGUCAGCAGCACUGUGACAGGGCCACGUGUGGAAGAGGCCAUGUACAGAUCAAUCCGCUGGCUGGACCGGUGCAUUGCAGCCCAUCAGCGGCCGGACAAACAGAACCUCUUCGCCAUCAUCCAGGGUGGGCUGGAUGCGGAUCUCCGGGCCACCUGCCUCGAAGAGAUGACCAAGAGAGACGUGCCAGGCUUUGCCAUCGGGGGCCUGAGCGGGGGUGAGAGCAAGGGCCAGUUCUGGAGGAUGGUGGCGCUGAGCACCUCAAGGCUGCCUAAGGACAAGCCCCGAUACCUGAUGGGGGUCGGCUAUGCCACUGAUCUGGUGGUCUGCGUGGCUCUCGGAUGCGACAUGUUUGACUGCGUCUUCCCCACACGGACAGCGCGCUUUGGCUCUGCCCUGGUGCCCACGGGGAACCUGCCACUGAAGAAGAAACAGUAUGAGAAAGACUUCCGCCCCAUAGACCCAGAGUGUGCCUGUCCCACCUGCCAAAAGCACAGCCGGGCCUUCCUGCACACACUGCUCCAUAGCGACAACACCGCGGCCCUGCACCACCUCACUGUCCACAACAUCGCCUAUCAGCUGCGGCUGAUGAGCGCUGUACGCGCCAGCAUUGUGGAGAAGCGCUUCCCCGACUUCGUAAGGGACUUUAUGGGCACCAUGUAUGGGGACCCCACCCUCUGUCCCUCCUGGGCCACUGAAGCCCUGGCCUCUGUGGGAAUCACACUGGGAUGACCCCGCUUGGGGGAGGGAGGGAGGGAGGGGAUGGGAGAUAUUGAAGGAUUUUUUUUUUUUUUAAAUUAUAAC